UUGGUGGUCAGUUGUUGUGUGACUUGAAGCCGCGUCGGCACGUUUGCGUCCACCUCUUCCAUCAAAUCUAAUGCCGAGUUAACGAGAGGCCCCAUCUCUCGUCACUAGCGAAGGCAAGGCAACUACAGAAACUGAUAUCGUGCAAUCCAGAAAGAAUUUUGAAUAGAUGGACUGAGGGAAGAGAACAUCAUCGCUCUUUGGAACUGAUAAUCAGAUGCAAAAGCAGGCAUCGUAGAAGGCAAUCAGAGCUCGUUUUCGUUUUGUUCUCGAAUCGGACGUGUGUGUGUUGUUGUUUCUAGUUGUUUCAUCUCUCAAAAAACGAGGAAAAAGAUCGAGGGUUUGGGGCUGAAAAUCGACAACGCCUCCUGGACCUUACUCCUCCUUUUCGAUUUUGUUUUUGGUGUUCGGCAGACACCGGUCAUACAAACUAGACAACGUGAUUUGCAUUGCAGAAUCGCCGAUACAUCUUUCCUUCUUUUUGUUAUCCUCUUCUAAAAAAAUCUGGCUAUCAGCAGUCGCCAUCGGAUGGAAUAACAAAAAAAAAAAGUGCUCGUCUGUCGGUCGACAACGCAAAUCUGCGUUUGCGUGUCGUCCUCUUUUGCGCUUUCGUCUUGGUCUCUUUCACAUUAUUACGCAAUGUGCUGCUGCUGUACGUUAUUGUUUAUUGAGGAGAGCUGACGCGCCCUUAAUGAAUACAUCGCCAAAAAUGGGGUUAUGUGAAUGUGUGGCCAUCAGCAGGCCAACCACGAAAAUCAAGAAGCAAUAACAUGUUUACCUUCGUUCACAUCAGAAUUGCCAUUGUGUGUCCCAGUCAACUUGACCUGAAGCUGUGCCUUAGCUUGUGCUAUUCGAUGCAGUGAACCUUGAUUUCGCACUGAACCACAAAACCGAAAAAAAAACCGAAAAACGCAAAGAUGAGGCUCUUCCGGAGACGGGCGGAUGGCCAGCACCAACCGUUGCACGAGACAAACAGCACGGGAGGUCCAGAAGCAGCGGCGCUCUUGAUUUCGAUGGAAUCGACUGGCAGCGGCAGCGGAACUGAUGGUGAUCAGCUGAGUGUCAGCAGCCGGAGCGAAAGAGAAACGCUGGACGACAAAAGUUAUCAAACCGUCAAAGCUCUUCCGGCCAUCGUCGUCAUCAAUUCGCCCAAAGGCAGCACCAAGAAUAAAGGUGGGCCAUCGACAUGGGGCAAGAAGGUCGGUCGCAAGUGGGAACAGAAUAAGAAAGUGGUGAGUCAGCCGUCAGCAAACGUCAGCGAUUCGACUCCUUUGAUGGAUGGACAUCAAGGAGAAGGAGACGGACCGGUGGAACCGGUGCCGACAUGUUCGUCACCAACGGCACUUUUAGCCGAAAAUGCUUCGAGUCAGUCAUGCGAGGGCGUGGCCCCGGCGACGAGCGGCAAGAAAUUGCUGCAGCCACAACAGCAACGAUGCAGACCGGCUGUCGUGGUGCUGAAUAACAAGACGGGCGCCAAGAGACGAGUGAGUCGGGUCGAAUCACUUCGCAACUUGUUUUUGCGCUCGUCGAAACCUUCGACACGUGCCGAUCCGGCUCUGCAACACGCGGCGCACCAAGAGGCCACUCAUCCGCUGAUGCUGGCGCAAUUGUUGGCUGCCACUCCGGACGUGAUUCAAGAAGCGCAAAAGAAAACAAUUUUGAUUCGAGAGAGUAGCAUCAGUGGCACGUCCAGCAACCGUUUAAUGCCGCUGCCUAAUCGCUCCGUCAGUUUGGAGAACGUCUCGGCGUCGAGCGUCAUGGGCCACAUGCAGCCCGAUGUUGCCGGAACGGUCAGCAAGAAGAGCCAUUUUCCUUACUCUUUCAUUCGUUCGCGUCUUCAUCGGCCUCUGUUGUCCUCCAGCUGCGAGGCUGAGGUGGAAACGGCCAGCGCCGACAUCGCCAGUCGCCAUCCGGUUACUUGCUCCAAGUUCGGCACGGAAUUGAACGCCAACACGAACCGCCAGCUGCGACGAUUUGAUUAAAGAAGCAGCGCGUCAGUCCUCUCACCCGGAUCUUCAGCUGGCCUCGAUCCGCUAUCGGAGCGUCGUCAGCGUCAGACACAAUCAGCAGGAAGAAACGUUUAAAUUGGUGCGCAGAAAGCGGAGUUUCUCGUUGGCCGCUUUGCCGCUUUCGGCGGCGGAAGCGACGCAACAAGCGUUCGUCGGCCAACAGCCACCGAUCGGAGGAGAGCGGAUAUGAAAGCGAUUCCACUCGCAAUGGAUACGAGUCGCCGAGACGGACGUCGGCAGACAGUGGCAAGCCUGACCCAGCCAAUAGUAUCCACGUUUCGUUUGUUUCGUCUUUGAAGUCUGCGGAGCAAGAUCCGGAGGCGAAUGGACACCGUUCUCGUCCUACACCGACACCGACGAUGAACCGGUCGAUGGAUCAGAGCGACCGAUUUUCGUUGGACGAGCAUUACGACGCGGUGGAUGGUGCAGCGAGAUUGGGCCAGCCUCCGCAGAGAUGUUGUAAUUGCCGCUGCAACAACAAAAACAACAGCAACAGUCAACAAGCGGACAAUUUGAAACAAUCAAUUGCACGAAAGGAGCCGAGUGUCAUGUUUGGUGUGGCUCAAUUGAGAUCGCUGGAAACGGGUGGAUCACGAAGUCCUAGGCAUUUGCCCGUCAUCGGCGACUCUGCGCUGGCCAGCCGCUAUGCCCGUUCUUCUUCUCUCGAUCGUAAAAAAUGGCUACAGCCUUCUGUGUUGAUGGAAAUCGGCAAUGGAACACUUGGCGAUGCCACGGAUCACGGCAUGAUGGCGUCUUCUCUGCCACCGGGAUACGCCGUCCAGCAAAUAACUCAACAGCCACCACGUCCGUCUUCAUCCUUUGCUUACGCCCCACAAUAUCAUACCCAACAACAACAGCAACAACAACCGCAGCAGCAGCAACAACAACAACAAGCGCAACGCCAAUUCAAAAUGUUGCGACUAGUCAAAGGGGAAACUGGCGAACUGGGCAUUUACAUCAAAAAGAAAUCAAGUCCCGAUUCUGGAUCGGUUGGUUACGUCAUUGCCGGCAUCGAACCAGGAGCUUUAGCACACAGGGAUGGCCGACUGCAAAUCGGCGACGAAAUCAUCAACGUUAACGGCUGUCGAUUGCGAGGCGUCGGACUGCAAGAAGCCCGCGACAUUCUUCAAAAUGCUCCCAGAGAAGUGGAUAUCGUCAUCGCUCGAUGCGCUGGAGAAACGGCGGUGAGCGGCAGGGGUCGUUCAACGACGGACGAGAGCGGGCCGGACACGGCCGACAACAGUCCGUCGCCGACUCCGAUUCCUCGAGUUUCCUCACCUUCUCCGCCUCGUUAUUACGAUGCAAGCGUCCGGUCUUCUCCAGCCUUGGCCUCGAUCCACAAGCUGACGCAAGCUGAUGCGGCGACAGUGCGGAAUAAGACGCCGCAUCAGCGUCGUUCGCGGUCAGCCCACCCGCAACGUAAAUCGAUGGGCCCGCUAAGCGGGACAGCGGAAACGUCGACUCCGGCCCCUACUUCCACGGCGACGUCGGUGGGUGAAAUGGGCUCUAGACGACCCAAAUCGUUGUCGCUCUUCAUCUACACGAUCACCUACGAGAAAGGGGCCGGCAAGAAAAGCUUGGGAUUCAGCGUGGUCGGCGGCCGGGAUUCACCCAAAGGAUCUAUGGGCAUCUACGUCAAAACCAUUUUUCCAAGUGGCCAGGCAGCCGAGGAAGGCACCUUAAGAGAAGGCGAUGAGAUUCUAGCCGUGAACGGUACGCCACUGCAGGGGCUGUCGCACGCCGAGGCCAUCGCUGUUUUCAAGUCUAUUCGAAACGGUCACGUUGUGGUUCACGCAGCGCGCCGGGACACGGCAAAUAGGAGCAAAUCCAAGUCGUGCGACGAACUCGACCGCGUCGAAUGACGUGCCGCCAAAUGGAAAUUUCUAGGAGAGAAAGUGAAGGAGGCCUCGACGCUCGGCUCGGUAACAAUUUUCACGCUCACAAAAUGAAAUGUGUUAUGUUGUUCAGACACUGUACAUAUCUUGUAGUCGUCUAGUCGCUCUGGGAACUAAAGAAAAACGAGAACAAACAAAUAACAAGAGAAUACGUGGCAAUAAAUAAAAAAAAAGACAAAGCAGACACAAGUACACGGUUAGAAAUUAGACGCAGGCGGCUCACCUGUACGAGUGUGCUACAGGUGCACUAUAAUAUUCCAUUAUUUCUCAUUUUAACUCUUAUCGUUUAAUGUCUUCCUUUUCUGUUUGUUGGAAUUGGUUUCGGUUCGCGUCACUGUGAAAUGAAACUCUUGUUACGUUUCAAUGAUCGAGUUUCCGUUAUGAAUACUUUGUUCGUCACUAGACUUGCCCUCCUCCGCAUUAAGUAUAUAUCACUUGUUUUGGUGUUGGGUUUAAUUAAAAGCCCGUCAGGCGUCAAUUAAGAAGAGGUUUGGCUUCCCAUCUAUCAAAGUUUUUUUUUGUUUUCAACUUUCUUUUUAAAAUGUAGUAUUAUAUAUUGGAAAUCCAUAAAAUGCUAUUAAACAUAUUGGACAACGCCCUAUUUUAGAUGGCAAUCGUUCAUAAUGGCUAAUUUAUAACAUGUAACCUGUUAUAUUGAAUCACAAUGUUUUCUUGUUUUUGUUUCCUAUAUGUCCCCCAGUGUUUUGUUAUCCAUUAUUGUUUUUUGUGUGCGUCAUUUGCAUAAGUGGACCUGCAAGAUGAAUGAGAAAUGAACUUACAUUUGAAUAAACCAUCUAUCAAAAAGA